AUGGACAAGUACUUCCCAGAGACAGCAAGGGAAGAAAUGGAGAACAAGUUCCUCAGUUUGAGGCAAGGACCUACGUCCGUGGAGGAAUAUGCUGCACGUUUGGAAGCCUUAUCCAAACACUUUCGUUUCUUCACGAACCAGGUGGAUGAGGCUUAUCUGUGCAACAGGUUUUUGCGCGGAUUGAGGAAUGAGAUUGAGAAGGCUGUUAGGCCUUUGGGAAUCAGGGUCUAUCAACAGCUGGUUGAGAAGGCUCGUGAAGUCGAGGCUAUGGAGAACAGGCAAAGAGGCCGUACAGAGAGCGGAGGAACAGUGCGCCCGGGACAGAAUCAACCGGGAAGAUUCAAUGGACAGAGAUCAGUGGGGAAAUUCGAUAAGGGCAAGGCGCCAAUGAGAAAGCCUUACCAGCGCCCAGCUGCCCAAGUGCCAAAUGCUGUGAGGGGAGCAACCCCUGUUUCAAAGGAAGAUGUGACCUGCUACAAGUGCAAUGAGAAAGGACACUAUGCUAAUGAAUGUGGCAAGGAGAUUGUAUGCUGGAGAUGCCGAAAACCAGGACAUGUGGAGAGAAAUUGCCCGAAUGCUGCUAAAGCUGAGCCAGUGCUGAAUACUGCCAAGGGGAGACGACCAUCUGCUCCAGGUUGUGUCUUUGCUAUUUCUGGCGAACAGGCCGCCGUUACUGAUGACCUUAUCCAGGGUACGUGUCUUAUUGCUGGAACAUCACUAAUGGUUUUAUUUGAUUCGGGUGCUACGCACUCAUUCAUUGCUGAGGAUUGUGUGAAGAGGUUAGGGUUACUGACUGCUGACCUACCCUUCGAUCUGGUGGUGACAACCCCUGCCGCUGAUCGAUUAGUUACACGCACGGCAUGCUUACAAUGUCUGUUGGUUUACGAGGAUCGGAAGUUCUUUGCGAACCUCGUCUGUUUAGGGCUCAAAGAGCUGGAUGUGAUCUUGGGAAUGGAUUGGUUAGCGCAAUAUCACGUGCUCUUAGAUUGUGCUAACAAGGCGGUAGUAUUCCCAGAUCCCGGCGUUACGGAUUACUUAAACUCGUACAACUUGGGAAAGGGUUCACCGGCGUAUGUGAACUCUAUCGUUGCCGAAGCGAAACAUGAUGGUGAUGUGCGCAAUAUCUUGGUGGUACAGGAGUAUGUCGAUGUGUUCCCAGAAGAUGUACCCGGCUUACCACCAGUCAGAGAGACGGAGUUCUCUAUUGACAUUGUGCCCGGUACUGGACCAAUAUCAAUGGCACCUUAUCGUAUGGCCCCAGCGGAGUUGGCAGAAUUGGCAAAGCAGUUGGAUGAUCUAUCCUCAAAGGGAUUCAUUUGA